ACAGACGCUAGUCAGUAUAGAUAUUUUAACCUCCUAGGGCUGGUUCUAAUUUACUUUGUGAAUUCAUGGGAUUCUUUAAUAUUUUUCGGAUAAAGUUGCCAAUUCAAUUGCUUAAAAAAAAUUAAUACAGUGUUAUUUUAUAAAAUGUUAAAUAUUAUUUUUUUUACUGCGUAAAGUUAGAUAUGAAAAAAAUCUUUUCCCGCCUAAAUCUGAAACUGUCACUGUCAAGUUAAUCAAGCACCACAAUGAAAUAAAACGAAACCAUAAAAUGAAAAGGAAAGGGAAAUGCGACAAUAUUUCGCUUCAAAGGAAUUAGAAACUAACUGAACAAAGUUUUUCAAUGCUUCGGUAAUUUUAUAACAAAGAGGUUAAGUGUAUUGAAGUACAUGUAUGAAUUAUGUCCCUGCUAGAGGAUGUGUUCUUGGAGGACGAGGCAGGUGAAGCUCAAGAGCUUGAGCGAGUGAUCGAAGGUGACGAGUUGGAUGACAGACCACGGUCUCCAGACAGUAAUGAAGAUAGUGAAAAGGAAGAUGAGGCUGAGGAAGACAAGAGAGUAGUAGAUCAUACAGCCAAAGCUAAAAAGGUUGUGAAAAAUCCCCGUUUUGUUCUGAACCCGGCAAGGCUUACCGGCCCAAGGGGAAUUCAGGUCUUACCUGAACAUUUCAAAGAAUUUAAAUUUAAAGGGAAAGGCCAUGAAAGAGAAGAUUUAGACCUUAUUCUCAAGAAACUAGAGCAUUGGGCCUACAGACUGUACCCUAAGUUCAAGUUUGAUGACUGCCUCAAGAAGAUUGAAACUCUCGGGAAGAAAAGACCAGUUAUGGUUCACCUCCACAAAAUUCGCACAGACCAGUAUCUCUCAGAGGAAACAGUUCAGCAGCAGGACUCCAGUGGAGAUGAGGCAGCUCCACCACAAGAGGAGGAUGAAUUUGACCGCUUGUUGCAGCAACAGAUAGAGUUGGCACGGUCCACUCCUGCUCCUGAUUCAGCUAGGAAAGAGAUGCAUACUCCAGUAUCUAAUCAUCAAAGGUCGCCCCUUAUGUUACCUAAAGUAACAUCAUCACCGUCAAUUAGUGAUGAACAAAAAGAACGAAUGAUGAGGAACCGGAGACUCGCUGAGGAAAGGCGACUAGCAAGACUCAAUAAAUCUAAUAAUUCUGACCAGAAUGCUAACCAUUCUACUGAAAUUCCAGAAAGAACUGAGGGAACAAAUAUUGAUAAUGAUGCUGUCAAUAAUGGAGAAAAAACUAAAGUUGAUACAGAAAAUGAUGUUACAGAAAACAAUGAAGAAAUAGACAUUGUACCUGUGAUAAAGAAACACAAUAGGACUAAUGUUAUUGACAGUGACAGUUCUGAUGAUGAAAACGUAUUAGCAGUAAACGAAUCCAUCACAGUUGAUGUCCACACAUCAGUUGUAAAAAAUGUUGCUAAUACUAAUGAAAAUAAUUCUGAUAAGGAGAAUAUAGUUGAAGAAGCUUUGGAAUCUGAUCAAAACGGAAUUUCUGCAAAUCUUACUACUGAUAAUUGUGAAUCUAAUGAAAACCACAAGGACAUAGAAACUGAAGUGGCUGAAAUAAAUUCAUCAAAUACUAUGAACACUAAAGAAGAUAAAUCGUAUUCUAGAAUAACAGAAAUUGUAUCGGAUAAUAGUGAUAAUAUUAUCGUAAAAGAAAAUGAUAUACCUCCAAAUACAACCAAUAAAACAGAAAAAGGGGGAAAAGAUGGUGAUCCAUUAACAGUGGAGUUAAUGGAUGUUGAUUUCACUGAUGAUUUCUAAAUAAAAAUCAAAGCAUAUGUUUUAAAAAUUUAUUGUUAGCUGAAAAUUAAACACACCAUGGAAUAUCACAGUACGAACGAUCCGCUAUGCAUGCUGUAAUAUCAAAUACGAGUAAAUAUCCAUAAAACUUAAUUACAAAAUGCUCAUCUUUGUAUCCAUGUUAAUACAACUAUACAAUUUAGUGCAUAUAUAUGCCAACAUAUUUUGCAACCAAAAAUCUAACAUAUUAUUUCACAUUCCGAAAAUUGCUACUACUUAAGCCUUAAUUAAAUACUACAUAUACAAUUUUA